AAAUAUAUGUUUAUUUUUAUUUUUUUUAUCAGCAAAACAAACAUAUGAUCUAAAGUCCACAGAUGUGUAUGCUGAUAAGGUUUUAAGUUUCUUAUGUGAGAACUUGCGCGAGCAAUUUUUGCAAAAUAGAGCAGUCGAAGCUAUCUUUCAGGCUAUUAGGAAUGGAAACCCAGAGAUUGCGAUUGGAAUUGCAAAAACUCAAAAAGAUAUGGCGUGGACCAGCACUGAUCCUGAAGAUUCAAGAACCAUUUUUGCAUGUGCUAUAGCACAUCGUCAAGAGAAAGUGGCAAAAUUUCUUUGUGGAAAUAUGGUAGAUCAAUUUUAUGGCACUGAUCCAGAUGGAAACAAUAACUUACAUCUAGCAGCAAAGUUGGGUCCUCAUUUUGAACUAGAUCGCGUCUCUGGUGCAGCUUUGCAGUUGCAAAGUGAAUUACGCUGGUUCAAGUCGGUGGAGGCAAUUGUUCCAGGGUUCUACAACGAACAGAAAAAUAAAGAUGGUGAAACUCCUUACCAAGUGUUUGUUAAAGAACACAAGAACUUGUUAAAAGAAGCUGUAGAAUGGAUGAAGAGAACUGCAGAAUCUUCUACAGUCGUAGCUGCUCUUAUUAUCACUAUUAUGUUUGCUGCGGCUUUUACUGUUCCAGGUGGGAACGAUCAAAAUACAGGCUUCCCCAUAUUUUUGAACAAGACGGCGCUGGCACAGUCGUUUACGGUUACACCGUUUAAGGUAUUCAUAGCAUCAGAUGCAAUUUCCCUUUUUACUGCAUCUGGUUCAGUGUUAAUGUUUUUGGGGAUUCUCACUUCAAGUUACGCUUAUGAAGAUUUUCUUAUAUCCUUGCCCACGAAGUUGAUUUUUGGUCUUAUUUCACUCUUCAUCUCUAUUGCAACAUUGACAGUAGCAUUUUGUGCUACUCUUUACGUGAUGCUACGAGAUCAACGGAAGGAAUUCAUUCCAAUAACUGUGCUUGCUGGUAUUCCUAUCAUGUGCUUUGUGUUGUUGCAGUUUCCUCUUCUUGUUGAGAUUACUGCUUUAACUCUUAGGCCAUACAUCUUUGAUAGAAAAACCGCAACAACACAGUUGGUCGAAUUGCUUGGCGAUAAUAUUCCCAUCCUUUCAUUUGUGGUAGACGUAGUGAUCGUUAUGAAGGACCGACUGAUCAGCUAUCUUAAGAAGCAGAAACGGAAAGUCAUGGAUAAUUUACGUGAAUUUUUUAAUUUUUGAGCUAUGUGGAGAAAUUAAACGACUCUAGUCUAUAUAUUUUCUGCUUGGAAUAAAUACUUGGUGGAUCG